AUGUCUAAUUCCCAUCCAAUAAGAGCAAAAAUUUUUAUAUAUAAUUAAUAACUGUAAUAGAGAGAUCUUAAAUUAAUUCUAUUAAAUUUUAAGCAGCUUGCAUCUUUUAAAAUAUAAAUUUUUUAUAAAUUCAAUUAGAUUUUAUUUCGAUACUUAAUAAUAUUUUUAAACUAAAUAAACCAUGUUAAGAUUGAGCAGAAAUUUGCUUCCUCUUGCUCGGGAAGUAAAGUCUUUCUUUUCGCCUGCAUGAUUGCGCUAUCAUUCGCAGGCCCAUAUCUUUUCAUUAAAGAUUACAAUGUCGGAAAGUCUUUUAUGGGCGAUAUUCAAUACUCUAAGUUCAUAAAUCCUUUUGAGAAGCAUACUAUUGUGUAUUUUAAGGAUUAUAACACUCUUAGUACACAGCUAAUAGAAAAAUUGACAGGAAUUAUUUCUUCUGGGAAGCAUCUCGAUUAUAAUUUAGAGUCAAUGAGCUGCCAAUGAGGAGAAGGCCCCGAUUUCAUAAGAUUUUUACCCACUUUUAAAGCUGCAGCAUUUAUCGGACAAGGUGCAGUCUCUUUUUCUAACCACUGCUUCCAAUCAAAUACUAUCGAAAUAUCAUCUUCAUCAGAUACCUCAAUUACAAUCACAUUAACAUCCAGCAAAUCAUCAAGCUUUCUCUGCUAUGAUACCUAUCUUAUUUCAAUAUUGAACCAAUUUCAUAUAGAAAAUGCUGAGUUUCAUGGUAAACAUUCCAUUACUUUUAAUAAUCUUACUGAAAAUGAUAUAUACGAUAUCCAACAAAAUGGUGUCAGAGUUUUCACCUUUUGUGAUGACCUUAGAAAUUUAGUUAUAUCUUAUUUUUAUUUAAUCCUUACUCCCCCCCUCUGUGAGUGAACAAAAAAAAUUUUGUUCACUCAUGGAGGGGGCUAAUUUUUUUUUUUCGAAAUUUAAAAAAAUCUCACUUCUAUAAAAAUUGGAAAGCAAAUAUUAAUUUAAUUUGUAAAAUUUAUGUUUUAAAAAGCAAUUUGUUUAAAAUUAAACAGAAUUAGCUCUAGAUUUCAUUAUACUAAUUAUCACUUAUAUAUCAAAAUUUUUUUCCAUAAAAAAAUUUUCUAUUAACGGAGGGUGGGUUUUUGGGCAAAAAAUAGCGAUUUUUCUAAUGAUUUUGUUCACUCACGGAGGGGGGAGUUAUAUAAAAUUUAUAUGUUUUUUAAUAAAUACAUUAGGCUUACUAUUUAAUUUAUUAUAGAAUAGACUUGGCUAUGACCCUUGAGCUAUUUGCAGGAGGUUUUACUACCAAUAAAUGGCUUCCUAUAAUAGGAUCUCAUGUUACAUGGUGAAUGGAAGAAUCAAAUGUGAAAUUUUUAAAAGAAGCUAUUAAUUAUACAAUGGAAAAAAGAGAAAAUACUGCAAUCACCCUAGAAAAAUCACAAAUAAAAUCAGGCACAUUUUUAGCUGUAACAAGGCUGGAUGGGCUUGAUGAGAUGAUUAUGUAUGGGAGUGGCAGCCGUGUAGGGCAUAGUACAGUUGCUCUAUGGGUUGAAGAAAAUGGACAAAAAGACCUAUAUAUUUUGGAAAGCCAAGCUGGAUGGUAUUGGCCGCGAACUGGAAUCCAAAUGAAUAUUCUGAGCUUGGCUAUUUAAAAACACAAAAAAUCAUUAUUCUGUUAGGUAUUUAUAAGAAAUUACUAAUAAUUAAAAAGGUAUAAAUUUGAAACCUGAAUUAAAUGGGCUGAAGAUGCCAGCUUCAACGUUGUAGUUUUACCAUUAAAACCCGAAAUCCAAGCACUUUUCAAUGAGACAUCUGCUUAUGAGUGGUUUAAAACUGUUGAAGGGAUGCCUUAUGGGUAUCAUAACUUUAUGUUUGGCUGAAUUGAUACCCCAACAUUGAAUUAUCCUCCUAUAGUUUCCCCUGAACUUGUCAGUAUUGCAUUUCAAGCAGCAUCCAAAAUAAUGCCAAAAGCAAUAGAAAGCAUUUUUGAGCUAGCUUUGAAUAUGAGGUUGGGCAGUAAAGGGCUGAAUGUCCCUGAACUGGAAAUUGAGGCAGGAAAAAGAGGUAUGACGCUGCUAGAUUUAAUGGCUGUAGUAGAAGAAGAGGGGUGGCUCUAUCCUGAUGGAUUUUCUUAUGUAUGCUCCAGCUUUGUACUUGCACUAUAUAAAAGAGCAGGAAUACUUGGAAAUUUGGUACUUCAGGCAACAGAAUUUACGCCGAGGGAUGUGUAUUCACUUAAUAUUUUUGAAAAAAAUAUAAAUAGACCUCAAAAUUGUAUCGACCAAGAUCCAGAUAUUCCGUAUUGUCAGCUUAUGGGAAAUUAUAGGAUUGACCUUGGAGAUGAUUAUUCGAGCAUUGAGGCUUAUGAUCAUAUGGAUGAAACUUGUCCUUCAGUUGCACCUGCAUUUUUUAGACCUGACCAAUGCUAG